GAUAUCUAAGUAGUCUGUCUGGAAUAAAUUUCUAUAUUUUGUUGAUGAAAAGCACAUCUUUGUAUGCUGGAAAAAUUAAAUAUUCUUCAUUUACCAUCUGAUAUAGUAUAUGUUGUCUUUAUAUUGGCAAUUAUAACUCAAGAAUCAGACAGCUCUUAUGGUGACCGAUCUAAUAUCUUCCAGAAUUGUAUGCACUGGUGUGGAAUCAAAAACUGUACUAAUGCUACUUCCUUAGCAAAUUUUAAAGCAAAUAGGCCCUGGUAUAUGACCUUUCUGCAAUGGGAGUGCUGGGAUGAAUGUGACUAUUUAUGCAUGUGGCAUGCUGUGAAAGUUUUCCAAACACAUGGACAGAAGAUGCCCCAGUUUCAUGGAAAAUGGCCAUUUUAUCGUUUUUGUGGUAUCCAAGAGCCAGCAUCUUUCUUGUUUUCUGUACUCAAUGGAUUUAUGCAUUACUACAUGUGGGGCAAAUUUAGGAAAGCGGUUUCUCGCUCUUCUUUCAAAAAUAUUUGGAAUGUGCAAGCUUUGUUAUCUAUAAAUGCAUGGUUUUGGUCUGCCGUCUUUCAUGCUAGAGAUACACCUGUAACAGAG